UACGUACCCGAAUUGUGAAACGAGUCCUUUUGUUAACAAAUCAAGCAUGAUUUAAAGAUAAUAUGGUUCACCCGAUAUAGAUCUACCCGACAAAUCGAUCUACUUCGGAUAUUUCCGUUAGAGCAAAAUUAGAACGUUGAACACAUUUAUCGGUUCGUGCCAAAAGGAAUAGAGUACUUAAUGUAAAAUACAAAAAUAUAUUGUGACAGGAAUUUACGUAACAGUGUGUUGAUAUGAUGGUUUCAUAAAUAGGAGAUAUUUCUAAGUGUAAAAGAUGUCAGAGGACACAUUAUGUGUUGGCGAUUCUGUUUGUCUUUAUGCCACAGAGAGCUAUGGCUUUGUUAUGUCCACGCAAUCAAGCUCUGUACACAAUGAAGUUGCUGUUGGGUGUAGACAAGACAGAGUUAAACCAGAUAUAAAAGACCAACACAUAAUUUCAUUCACACUACGUGUAGCAAAUCGAUACAAAUUAAAUAAGAAGUUCAAUAAACAGCAGACGAAGUUGGAAGCAGAACCGGAAAAUAUUUUAUUACGUACUCAAGUGGCACAUGCUAAGCUUGCUGCAGACUCUGAAAAUGAUGACAAUAAUCUUGAACAAAAAAGACAGCAAGGCAAAAAGGUGGUUUAUGGACAAGUUAUACAGUUACAACAUUCAUUCACACAGAAAUAUAUCCAUGUUAGUACCACGAAAACAUCGUCAACAGAAAGUAACAACAUGGCUGUUGAGUUGUUGGAAAGUAAUGCAAAACAUUGCCAGUUUAAGAUCAUGCCCAGGUACAAGGUCAAAGCUGAGGGAGAUGUGGUACAAGUGGAUGAUCAGAUUGUGUUGGAAAGUAUGAAAUCUCCUGGGUCAUUCCUUCAUGUCAGUAAAGCAUUCCUAGGACCAAUGUCUGUGUACUCAAAAAGUUUUGAGUUGAAUUUAUCAGUGCAACAGACAGGAUUUACAGUUUAUAGGAAAUACAAACCCCAUAUAGAAGAUGAUAAUAAAGUCAGGGUGGGUGAUAUCAUAAGAUUUUACCAUAAAGAAAUGGAGGCUUACCUCGUGGCUGAAGGACUAUUCGAUGAUGAACUCUUGGAGGAUGAGUGGAUUAAUGUUAAAAAUAAAAUGGUCAUCUGUAAUGUACAUCUGAGAAUGAGGCCAAUGGAUCAGAAUAAUCCCAAGACGUUAUUCCCCAGUACAUCAGCUGUAACUUACUGGCAGAUAGAGCUCCAGACUGGUCCCAUCGAUGGUGGGGUACUCAAGUGGGAACAGCAAUGCAGAAUUAUACAUAUGUGUUCACGGAAGUAUCUAACAGUAGACAAAGCAUUACAGAAGGUGACCUUAACAGGGGACCAUAUGGACCCAAAUACAGUAUUCAGGAUUCAUCCAGUUAUCAGGGAAUAUGAUGAAGUACCUUUGGAUAGUUAUUGUAGAAUAGAACAUGUUGUAUCAAAGAGAUGGCUUCAUGCUUUAACAGUUGAUUAUGUUAGAAAAUGUGCACAGCAAGAAGAGGAUAGCUCUAUGGGAUCCUUAAAAUGGAGCACUGCUACUUUGAAACAAAUAAGUACAAUAGAAGAGAAACAGUAUGAUGAUGCCUUUACUAUCCAAGGAGUGUCCUCAGAUCUGGUAGAAAUAUUUGACUACAUGGCAGGCAUGGUACCGUUCAUACAAAAGCUUAUAGGAGAUAAAAAAGAUGGUGUCCAGCUGAAUGCUAAAAUGACCCAUGAUGCUGUAGUGGCAUUGUCAGAACUGAAAGACUUUAUGAUUGUCGAUAGUUUACCAAACAAAAACAGACAGAAAUUAAUGAGAAAUCUAAGGAUAGUGGAGUUACUAGUCUACCUGUUACAGAUCCCGUUCAGAGGAACUGCAGAUCAACAUCAUUUAACAAGGAUAUUUGUGGAGGCAUAUGAUGUAUUAUAUACUUACUUGAAGGGAGACAGUAGAAAGAAUGAACUGUAUAUUGCCAAGUACAUUGACUUCUUCUUAUCACAGUUUGAGUACAAAGAGGGAAUGAUUGGAUUAAACUCAGCACACAUGGUGAUGGAGUUAAUUAAAGACAACAGAAAAAUUGUUGACAGAAUAACAACAGAACAUAUUGAUAAGUUCGUGGAACUGUUAAGGCGAGACAAGAAUUACAGAUAUUUAGAUUUACUGAAGGUUUUAUGUGUUUGUGACGGUGUUUCAAUAGCAGACAAUCAAAAAUACAUCACAGAAGUUUGGCUGAUGAAAGGCAAUAGGAACUGUGUGUUUUACACAGAUUUAGGACAGAAAAUUGGUAAAGAGAAAGGAGUAGUCUAUGUGUCGACCACUACCGGACGUACCUGGAUGGAGCUAUCUAAAUUUUCACAGAAGUCCAGUAGCGAUGACGAGUUGUAUCUAUUUUUAGAACACCAGUUGGAAUUGUUUGGAUAUCUUUGCAAUGGCCAGAAUGACUUUUCCAUCAAAGUUAUAACACAAGAGCUGAAUUAUUUGACAUGGGAUGAAGCCUUUACAUGUGUCAGUGAUGAUCGCCUUCCUGAUGAACUGAGGGCACAGUAUUGUGAUCUUAUUAUCACUAUGUUUGUUAAUGUUGGUGACAAUCAUUCUGUGAUAGACCGGGUGAAAUUGACGUACAAUUACGAUGAAAUUGAUGACAUAGAGGGUAAACAGAUCGCUAGAAAGUCUUUGCCAAUAGUGAAAGUUGUGUUUGAUGAAUAUCCAGAGAAAAAUCCAGAAGCUUUUGAAAGAAUGUUAAAUGGAAACAACACACCUGAUACUUUUAUGCAAGACAGCUCUGCAUCUUGUAGAGUUUCUAGACUUUCAAAUAAUGAAAUGUCUAGAUGUCAGUCACGUACAAGAAAGGAUCUAGCUGAUCUGAGCCAUUCCAUUACAUCCAAGUAUUUCCCAACAUUAAGUGAAUGGAUUGCUAAAUUCCUCGGACAAAACAGUGAUAUGACAGCUUCAGAGAUUGGAAACAACAAACUUGUCAAACAGGUAUUAAGACUGGUACACUUUCUAGUGGCUUUUGGAUUCUACCAGUCUACAGAAGAUAUAAUGACCUUGUUAGAGCCAAUGAUGGGUUUGAUUGAUGGCAGAAAUGACAAACCAUAUCCAGUUAUACCUCCAGGCAAAGAAGGAGAAGAGGUGUUGAAAAACUUCAGACUUAAUGAGAGAUACCAUCCAAGUCAAGAAACACAGGCUGUUGUGGAUGCCAAAUGCCAGGCUCUCGAAGUAUUGGACCUUUUCUUCAAUUUCAUCUUCAAUGUCAGAUUAGAGAAAUUCAUGAAUACCUUUAAGUUGACACAUACAGCAGCCAACAGACCAAAUCUUCCUCAUCCAGAGUUAGCACCCAUGCUUUAUGAAACAUAUGAUCUGUCAAACCAGCAUGGAGUGUCGAAAGCUGCAGUAAAGAAAACAAAAGACAUAUUUUAUCAGACAGAUUACAUCAAAACUUAUGAUCUGGUGUCAAUAUUGAGGGAUUUGUCAUUUUACCAGUAUGAUGAGAUGGUAAGAAUGUCCAUGGCCUUAUUAAACAGAUAUUACUCAUCCUACAACCAUCUGUUUACAAGAGCAGUACAAGCACAGGUAUUAAUCACAGACAAAUCAACUGAGGUAUUUGAUACUCUAGAGAAGAUAUUACCAAAACUCAGAAGAUUUGCCACUGCUAAACUGAAUGAGACACAAACAAAAGAAUUGUGUGAUAUACUGACUAAACUGAUUGAGAUGUGUCAUUUGGAAGGUGAGAUUGAAGAACAGCAUGGAAUGAACCAGAGUAUCUUAUAUAACCAUGGUAUAUUGGAGGACUGCUUCACUAUUCUGUCUCAGGAGAUAGAUGUCAAACUUCUGGACCAGUAUACAGGACAAAGAAGGGUCUACCAAUUGACCUUCACCUUAUUAAAGAUGAUGGCUAGACAGAACAAAACAGUUCAAGGCCGUUUGUUUGACCGUUUAGAUAUGUUAUUGUCUAAAGAAGGGGCUGGGACAGAGUUAGCAGAGUGUUUGACAGAGGUUUUUACGGGAAAUUCAAAUACUUGUAUGAAAGUGACUGGUAACCAGAUUCAGAAAAUUAUGGAACUUGUUUCUAAAAAUCGUGAAUCAGUGCCACAAUUCUUGGACUUAUUAAAUGCCAUAGUGAAAGUGGAAGAGUUAGACUUACCACUGAAAAGAAAUCAAGGUUUUGUGAUGAACUAUUUUAUGCAGUAUCGAGCUGAAGUAGCUUUUGUUAUUGACCAGGAUGAAGCUGCAAGGUUUCAGAUCCUGACAGAUCCACGUCACAAACAUUUACAGUAUCUGAUAGCUAUGGUGGAUAUGCUGGCCACUUGUGCUGAAGGAGAAAACAGAUUUAUAGAAUCAAUUUGUCAAACAAUUUUCAAAAUACCAGAACUUCUAAAAAUUUUGAGUUCUCCUUCUAUAAAUAACAACUUGAAGAAGCCAUUCCUGAGAUUUUUCCUCUGGGUGUACCUGAAUACAGCUGGUGGCAUGAUAGAAAGUGGUGCUGGUGAUCUUCCACAUGAAAAAUCUAUGUGGGCGUACAUUAAUGGAAUGAAUCCAUUACUUAAAGAGAUUGCUGAUUUUGCUAGGAAGGAUCCAAAGACUACAAAAACAUUCCUGAAAAGGCCACCUGCUAAAGGUGACACAGGAACAAGUGCCAAUGAAGCUAUCAAUGGAUCCAUCCAUUACCUGUUUGACAGUGUCAUGCCAUUCUUACAGAUAUUUUGUCGAAACUACUAUCAGCCAGACCCUUCAGUAUUUCCAGAUGAACCACAGCAUCUUGAUGACCUUACUAGGAAUUUCAAGGAUUUUAUGGAAGAAAUAGCCCCCUUAGUCAGUAUAGAGAGACAGAUGAAAUCUAUUGUAGCCUGUACCAUGAGUCUGUUGUCAGCAUCUACAUUACCAGUUGAUGAAAUGAGAGAAUUUGAAGAUAAAUAUGCUAAAGGUGUUCAAGGACAGGAAGUGAAGAGUGAUGCUAGAAGGUCCUAUGAAGAAUAUUAUCAAUAUGAAGAGGAAAUAAACAGACAACUGAAUGUUUUUGCAGUCAAUAUGAAAACAGCUUAUGGUGGAUUAAAUACAGUACAUGCUCAGAUUGGGUAUAAUUCAGAUGCAGAUUAUUCUGAGAUAGAUGGAGAUGAAGAAUUGCCAUUAGGACAAGAGUUCCAAGAUCACAUCACAUUUUUUAUUGACACUGGACAUAAAGAUGCAAAAAGUAGAUAUGCUCAAGCAGAAAAAUUAGUCAAACAAUUAUCAAUUUCUGCUAAGAGAACACAUCUUAAUGAGAAGGAAAAACUGGAUCAGAUAGAAUUGGAUGUAAAAUGUCUGCAGUUACUGAGAGCCUUAAUAUUUAAUGAGAUUGUCAAGUUGCCUGAGGAUUGGGAAUCUGAAGCUGCUAGGCAUAGGAUACAACUUCAUGCUAUAAGUGAUGUCCAGGAUGCAUUGAAUUCUUAUGAUGUAGUGACCAGUGUCCUGGACCAUCUGUCCAGACCUCAGGACAACGUGGUGAGAGAGGUUCUGGCCUUCAUGGCUACACUUCUCUUCAAUGGAAAUGAUUGUGUUCAGGAUAAUCUUAUUAGUUAUUUUACUGGUACCCGAGAGGAAACAUUCUUCUUUUCCAUCAAAAGCAGGAUGCAGUUGUCAGCCAUAGCAACAAGAGAAAAACGUCUGCUCCAUGCCAUGCACCAAGCUAAGAUGGAAGAAGCUAUGCAACAAGCCAAAGCAUUGCAGAAAGCCAUGCAGACAGGACAGAUGGCUACUAUUGAAAUUAUGAAGGCUAACAAAAUUGGUUCUAUGUUAUCAAUGGCAAAGAAAUCCAUGGCUAAUCUUAGACAAUCAGGUUUCUUGAGACCAGCUUCAAGGUUAGGCAUAGGAGGAUCAAAAACCAGUAUGGGGAAGAAACAAAAUUUUGGUAGCAGUCGACUUUUGAAACCUUCAAAACUUGCACUGAAUGGACAAGCAGGGAAAAAACUUGGCAGUACAGCCAAUCAAGUAGCCCCUGUUACUGAUGUACCAGAGGUCCAAAUAGAGAACAUAGACGAGGAAGAGUUACAGGAGCUGAUGCAGCAUGCUUUGGAGAUGUCGUCAGAGUUUGAUUUCAGAGAUGACGGGUAUAUAGAAUUGGUUCUAAGAAUUCUGGGAUUGAUGUGUGACAAUCAGCAUCAUGAUUUACAGAACUAUUUAAGAGAACAACCAGACAAUAUUAAGUCAGUAAAUCUUGUGGCAGAGACAACCAAGUUUCUACAGAUUGUUUACUCUAACAUCAAUGACAAAUCACUCCCUCUGGUGGUACAGCUGUUUGAUACUUUGGUGGAAUUUACAUCAGGGAAUCAACAGAAUCAGGCUGUGAUAUUUGACCAUAAGAUUUGUGAUUAUAUCAACCACAUUCUUCGUGUUGGACAGUUCAAAGGUUGUGGAAAGAAAGAGGUAUAUGUUUUAAAGAAAUCAAUAGCUACUCUUGUGAGAUCUUUGACAGAGGAGAAUCCUAAAGACUCAGAUGAGGAGAAUGCUCCCGCUCAGGGGGUACAAAUUGCAACAUUGUCUAAGGUGAAUGUGCAUGACAUUGAUUAUGCUUGGAGGAAAUUGAGAGAAACGACAGCUAUGGAAGUAAUGGAAUACCUAGAUACUCCACUUUUUAUCAACACCAUGACAGAAGCUUACCAAGAUAUGGAGCAAAUAGAAAUGAAAUUGAAAGGGCGUGUGGAAGAUGAUCCUAUUCUUCAGAAAGGUGAUUGUGAGUUUGAAGAAUUAAAAGAGCUGAUUAGUGAGGUUGGAUUUGCGUACUACCAUAUUCUGAGUCGGAUGAGUGAUUUGGAUGAUGCAGUCAACAAAGACACUUUAAUUAAACCUGACACAGAACAAGAUAUGGCAUGGGAAAGUUUCAGUGAAAAUACUCUCUCAAUAGAAAUACUCAAAGAUGAUGUUCUACAGAAAAUAUAUUUCCCAGUUCAGGAUAAGAAUGUGCUGAGAGAUGAAAUAAAAGACAAGUUUAAGUAUGAAGUUGAUCGAUCUUCACCAAGUAAUAAGAUUCGAGAUUUUAUGGACUGGGCUAGUGAUAUUAUUCAUGACAUUCAAUAUCAAAGGAAAAUUCAUUCUUAUCCAUUGGCCAGACUCCUGAUCAAAUUAUGGGUACCUAUGAAUUACAUGACAGUGUUUCUCAGUUUUAUAAUAGCAGUAUUGGUGAUGAUUUUUUGGAGAGACCCUCUCACGACAGCUGGACUUUCAGAUUCGUAUAGUGCUAUUCCCAGAUACACCCAUAAUGAAGUAAAGAUUGUUGUAUAUGUAUUAGGAGGAAUACAUAACUUUUUAAGUUUAUGUAUAUUAAUAACAUUUUAUCUUUCUAAUCAUCCGACGUUUCCUGUGAUAACAGCUAUAAAAGGAUUGAUAAGUAAGAAUGAUGAUGAUGAUGAUACUGAUGAUAUGUCAUGGCUAGAGAAGAAAAAAGAUUACACCUACUUAGAGGUCAAAGCCUAUGGUGUCAAUUCUAUCUACUAUGUGGUGUUUCUAGUAUUCUCAGUUUUGGGAACUGCAUUUUAUGGCUAUUUCUUUGCUUUUCAUCUGUUGCACAUAGCUGUAUUAAAUCAGCUGCUGAAAAGAGUCAUUCAAGCAGUUACUACAAAUGGUACAUCGUUAUUGUUGGUGGGCAUGCUCGGAAUGGUGAUAAUCUUUAUUUAUGCCCUGCUGUCAUUUGCUGUGCUGAGAGAACGGUUCCUAGAGGCCUCCAAAGGCAGAGAUUGUACCACUGUGUAUGAAUGUUUUAUAACUGUGUUACAUCAUGGCUUUGUUGACUCACUGUACACUUCAUUUGAAGGUAACAUGGGUGAUUGGAACACUAACUUUAAGGAACAUCUUAUAUUGAUGGCAGUGGAUCUUUCAUUCUUCAUCAUAGUGACCACCAUUGGAUUGAACAUCAUCUUUGGUAUCAUUGUUGAUACUUUCUCCCAGCUCAGAGAUUCCAAGUGGGAAAUUGACAAAGACAUGAUGAACAACUGUUUUAUCUGUAGUAGAGAGAGUUAUGAUUUUGAGAGACAGCUCAGUGGGGGUUUUGAGAAACAUGUGAAAGAAGAGCAUAAUCAGUGGGCAUAUCUGUUUUUCUUCCUACAUUUGGACAAUACCAGAGUCAAUGAUUACUCAGCCUUAGAAUUAUAUGUGUAUAAAUUACUUCAAGAAGCUAAUUUUGACUUCUUCCCACUAAACCAAGCUUUAAGUUUGCUGAACGAGGAGGAUUCACAAGAGGUCAAACUUCAGGAACUGGUGAAAAAUGUAGAUUAUAUGGUCAACAAAAUGAAAGAAGAGGAAGCAUCUAAAGAAAGAGACAGGGAAAGACAGAAACAGUUAGAAUGGGAAAUUCAACAUCGGAAGGCAAAAUAAACAAUAUAACCUAAAUAUCAAUGCACUGUUGAUAUGAGUAUUUAUCUCAAUGAACUAUUUGAAAUGAGAUUUUUAUACAUUGAAUUGUUGAAUUUAUUUUUUUAUGUAACAAAAUCACAUGAGACUUGUCAUGGUUUAAGUAUAUCUUUUUAUUCAAAUACAAAGAAGUAUUCACAAAGCCUAGAAGUAUUUCAUUUUUAAUGUUUAUAUCUGACUUUGCUAAUUGACAACUUUUCUCGUUUGAGCACCAGUCCACCUUUUAUAAUCCUCAUUACAAUUUAUUAACAAAUAUUUGUCAUCAAUCAUUGAAAAUGAAUUAUCCAUUUGAUAUAUAUAUUAAAAAAACACUUAUUUCCCAGUUUAUAUAUUUCUAUCUUUUUUUCGUAAUUAUUAUAUAAAAAUUAGAUUAUCAGACAGGAACGUACAUCGUAGAAAGUGAAAAACAAACACUAUUCAAAAUUCAGGCUUUCCUUAAAAUACAGAAAAAAAUAUAUAAUACAAAGAUAAUUAUACAUCGUAAACCAUUUGAACAAUUAUUUUUUUCUCAAAUAUAAGAACUGUUGCCAAUUUUUUAUGAAAUUAGACUUUGGUUCUCAUUUAUGUAUCUGAGAUACAUAUGAUAAUCUGAAAUGUUGAGUUAGUCUGUCUUAAAUGCAUUUAAUAUGUUCAUAUACUUUGAUUGGAAGAAUUUUUAUUGUAACUUAUUGUAUUUACAUUCAUUCAAAUAUAUUUUUAUCAUUUUAAGGGUACCGGUAAGGAUCAGUGAAUUCAUGGAAAAUUAGGGUAGAUAACUCCUUAUAAUGUAUUCAUUUCUCUUCCUUCAGACAAAGUUCAUAACCUUGUACUGAUUGUAGUAUUCUCUUUAACUUAUCACAGAAGUAUUGGGUUUGUUUUGAGAAAACAGUAAUGCCAGAUAAAGACUGGCACAUUCACUUUGUAAAGAAACACUACUUUAUCAUAAAUUAACAUUUUAUAUCAAGCAUUAUUCAUUGUCUAGAAUAAUAAUUUUGACCUUUAAACUGUAGUUUUGAGUUUUUAUUUUUUUCAUUAAAUUUGUUUGAUAUUUCUGUAUUUUAAAUAGCUUUUACACUUUAGCUUUUUUAAAUAUUUUUGGAACUGUGUAACUUUUCUUGUUAGAUUUACACUUCAUAAUACCAGUGUAAAGAUGAUAACAUGACACCAGUGUAAAGAUGAUAACAUGACACCAGUGUAAAGAUGAUAACAUGACACCAGUUUCAUGUUUUUUUUAUUAGAUAUCACCAUGCUUACCAGUAUUUAUUUUUUGACAAGACUGUUAAAUAUGAACAUUUGCAGGACUCUUUUCCUUGAAACAGUAUUCUUUUGUAUCUGGUUAAAAUUUUAGAUUUUUUGAGUGGUAUUGUUUAGAAUUAUUCGGACUGACCUUUCUUUGUUAUAGUGAUGUAGAAUGUAUGUGUUUAAAUGAAUUCUAUUGGAUAUGAUAGCUUACUUGAUACGACAGUUUAAUUUACUCAUUUCUGUCCAAUGUAAAUGUGCUUAUUUAAUUUAUGAUUUUUCUUGUGUGAUAUAACUUAUUGUUUAAAAAAAUUGUUUUAUUUUUACAGUUUAAUCUGUGAUAUUUAAAUGUGUUUUUAUUUUUACAUGUCUUUCCGUCCACCUUGAUGUAUUAUGUAGAAUUUAUUUCUGAGAUUUUUUCAUCAAUAUGUUUUAGUAUUCUAAAAGAAAGUAGAAAUUUUUACAGUUGUACAACUAGUAAAAUGUGGGGAAAUUAAUACAUAAAGAGUAUGACUUUGUUUGAAGAAAAGCUUAAAAUUAUAAUUAUACAAAAACAGAUAAAGCAGUAAACACUUUUUGAAUGAAUUAGGUUUAUAAAUCAACUAUUUAGGCAAUGAAAAUACUUCACUUAAUACUUUUUAAAUUGUCUCCCUUACAUGACAAUAUAAAACAACCAUUUCAUUUUUGUUUUGUUAAAUAGUAAUCUUUUUAAUUAACUGUAUCUGUUUUUUGUUUUUUCCAGAAGAAAGCUUUAUCUUUUGACACUUUGGUCGACUCCCCUCUGCCAUUAUAACUCUUUACCUUCUAUAUCAUGUUCUAUACCCAGCCACCUAUAAUUUUUUUAUUCAUAAACCUCUAGUGAACAACUCACGAUUAUUGUUCCUUAUUUACAUUGUGAGAAACUUAACUUUUUGUUCAGAUUUGUUCUAAGAUAAAAAAAAAACAACCUGUGCCAAUGUUGUCUAAAUGCUAAUUAAAUGAUUUUUUUAUUUGCUUUCAAUAUUUUUUUGGCCUAAAUCAUAAGUGCUUUGUAUUUUUCCAGCAAAUAAGAGCUUAGAUUUAAAGGUAUAUAUAGAUUUUUAACAAAGGAUAAAAAAUGGAAUGAUUUUAAGUAUUUUGAAAAAACGAGCUUUUGAUCAAACUUUCCCUAUAAUUGUCUGCCAGGUUUAUGUUAUUGCGAAUUUUUAACCUUCACUUUUUUUUUUAAUUUGAGAUAAAAAUAUAUAUAUAUGAUAUUUUACAUUUGUUAUUGAAAAAAACCUUUUUGCUCAAAUUUUAGGGUAAAAAAGCUUGCACUAGGUUAUUAUAAUAGAUAUGUCUGCUUCAGCUAUAUUUAAUUGUCCGAACAAUUUUACAGUGUAAAUGUUAUAUUUUCUAUGUGAUGUUUUAUAUUUUUCCAAAUCAUGUGUUAUAUUGCACCUUUGUAAUGCUGGCAACUUCUGGAACACAGAUAUCUUUAAGUUUUAGGCAAAAAUGACUGUGAACUGAAAGAAAAAUGAAUUUAAGAAAGGAAGAUGAAAGUUUUAUAAUUUAUUCCUGCAAAAUGAUUACUGUACACCUUAUAAAAUGCUUUAAUGACAAUCAAAUUGUGUGUAGGCAGGAUGUCUAUCCUUGAAAACUAUCUUGUUUCAACUACUGUAUACAUAGAAAUUUUGAAAUGCACAGAAUAUAUUUUAUUAAUUUAUUUUUUACUGGCUAACUAUCUUGUUAUUAUUUACAUAAAAUCUAUUAAAGCAUCUGAGAGUUUAAA